AUGGAGGAUCAAGCAAAUCAAGAGCCACAGUCACGUGAUGAAGAGGAGGAUUCUAAGAAGGAAGAAGAGGAAUUGAUUGUGAAUGUUAACAAACUCAUGGAGAAGAUAACUUCUGCACCUGAUAACCCUAAGGCAACCGUUCUCCAUGCGCUUGCCUCUAUUCUCGAAACGCAAGAGUUACGAUACAUGGAAGAGAGUGGGCAUUCAUCCUCCAGUACUGCCCGUGCUGCGCAUGUCAUUGGUCGCCUUGGUGGUUUAAUUAGGGAAAAUGAUGAGUUUUUUGAGUUGAUAUCUUCGAGGUUUCUGUCAGAAACAAGAUACUCAACAUCCAUUCAAGCGGCUGCUGGCAGACUUCUCCUAUGCUGUUCCCUAACAUGGAUUUAUCCUCAUGUUUUUGAAGAACACGUCAUGGAAAACAUAAAAAAUUGGGUGAUGGAUGAUAACACUGGGUUGCCUACUGAAGAGCAGAAUCUGAAGCAUAGUUCAGGGAGAAGGGAGGCAUCGGACUCUGAAAUGUUGAAAACCUAUUCUACUGGACUCCUUGCUGUGUGUUUGGUCGGUGGAGGUCAAAUAGUGGAAGAUGUUUUGACUUCUGGCUUGUCAGCUAAGCUUAUGCGAUAUCUUCGUUUACGUGUUCUGGGAGAGACAAGUAGCAACCAGAAAGAUGUUACUCAUGCAACGGAGAGUAGGCAUGCAUCUGCAAAUACUUCAGGUAGAGGUAGAGAUGAUGGUCGUGGUAGAUUUCGCCAGUUCCUUGAACCAAAUCAUUUAGAUGAUACUAGGAUGAUUGAUGAGAGAUCAUUAGAUGAUGCAACUCUUGAAAGGGGCCCAGAUAGAAGCAUUAGUGGACAAACACUCCAAGAAGGAUCUUGGAUAGAAGGUGAACCACCUGAUGGGCUCAGUGAAGGCGCUGAUGUCCAGGAGGUAGAUUCUGAUGCAGAGGAUAGAUGGUGCUGUAGAGAUAUACGUGAUGGGAGGAUAAAAUAUGGUGAACACGAUGACAAUGUUAGAGAUGACUCUUCAAGGCGGCGAACAAACCGUGGAUGGGGAAGAUCUAGAGGGAAAGGAAGGGUCAAUGAAGGGACUGUAGAAAGUGAUCCCAUUUUAUCAUCUCCUGGCUCUGGCAGUAGAUUAGCACAGGGGCGGAGUGUUAGAGAUAGAAGUGUAUUGAGGAAUGUUGAUGGUAGGAAGGUGGCUGAGUCUAAGAAGACCCUUGGCAGGACCUCUUUGGAGGCUUCUGGUUUUGAAAGAGAGGAUCAUGAUGAUUGUUUCCAAGAAUGCCGAAUUGGGAGUAAAGAUAUAACUGAUCUUGUCCGGAAAGCAGUUCAAGCUGCUGAAGCUGAAGCUAGAUCAGCCAAUGCACCUGAAGAAGCUGUCAAAGCAGCUGGUGAUGCUGCUGCUGACCUGGUUAAAACUGCAGCUUCAGAGGAAUAUAAAUCCACUAACGACGAAGAAGCAGCUUUUUUGGCUGCUUCUAAAGCUGCAUCAACUGUUAUUGAUGCUGCAUGUGCAGUGGAGGUUUCAAGGAGUUCUAUUGGCAACAAUAAUGUAAAAGAGAAUGAGAGUGGCAAAGAAACAGAAGCUAAUGAGGACUUGGAAGAGUACUUCAUCCCAGAUACUCAAUCACUUGCACAGUUGAGGGAAAAGUAUUGCAUUCAGUGUCUUGAGUUACUUGGAGAAUAUGUAGAAGUUCUUGGCCCUGUGUUGCAUGAGAAGGGGGUUGAUGUGUGUCUUGCACUUCUGCAGCAGAAUUCUAAACAUCGGGAGGCAUCCAAGGUUGCUUUGCUGUUGCCUGAUGUCAUGAAGCUAAUCUGUGCUUUGGCUGCACAUAGGAAAUUUGCUGCACUUUUUGUGGACCGUGGGGGAAUGCAAAAGCUGCUUGCUGUCCCUAGAAUGGCACAGACUUUCUUUGGUCUUUCUUCUUGUCUAUUUACUAUUGGUUCUAUUCAGGGGAUAAUGGAAAGGGUUUGUGCUCUUCCGUCACAAGUUGUUUAUCAUGUUGUUGAGUUAGCUCUCCAACUUCUUGACUGCAAUCAAGACCAGGCCCGGAAGAAUGCAGCAUUGUUUUUUGCUGCUUCAUUUGUUUUCAGAGCUGUUCUUGAUGCCUUUGAUUCCCUGGAUGGAUUACAGAAAUUACUGGGCCUUCUAAAUGAUGCUGCUUCUGUAAGAUCAGGAGUAAAUUCUGGAGCCUUGAGUUUAUCUAACUCAGGAGCACUUCGAAAUGAUCGAUCAUCUGCCGAAGUGCUGACAUCGUCUGAGAAGCAGAUAGCCUAUCACACUUGUGUUGCUUUAAGGCAAUAUUUCAGGGCCCAUCUCCUUGUAUUAGUGGAUUCCAUUCGUCCAAACAAAAGCAAUCGUAGUGCUGCUAGAAAUAUUUCAAGUGUAAGGGCAGUGUACAAGCCACUAGAUAUUAGUAAUGAGGCAAUGGAUGCAGUUUUCCUACAAUUACAAAAAGAUCGGAAGUUAGGUCCUGCAUUUGUUAGAACACGUUGGCUAGCAGUUGAGAAGUUCUUGGCAUCUAAUGGACAUGUUACCAUGCUGGAAUUGUGUCAGGCCCCACCUGUGGAGCGAUAUUUGCAUGAUUUGCUUCAGUAUGCUUUGGGUGUUUUGCACAUUGUUACAUUGGUACCUAGCAGUCGGAAGAUGAUCGUAAAUGUAACAUUAAGCAACAAUCGUGUUGGUAUUGCAGUAAUUUUGGAUGCUGCUAAUAUAGCUAGUAAUCAUGUGGACCCCGAGAUAAUUCAACCAGCAUUAAAUGUUUUAGUCAACCUGGUUUGCCCUCCUCCUUCAAUAAGCAAUAAACCGGCAAUGGUUGCACAAGGUCAGCAGUUGGCGUCUUCCCAGACAUCUAAUGGUCCUCCCUCGGAGGCUAGAGAUAGAAAUGUGGAACGGAAUGUUUCAGAUAGAGCUGUUCACUCUACUAGCCAGAUUGAUCCUAGGGAGAGGAAUGGGGAGUCCAAUGCUGUAGAGCGAGGCAGUGCUGCAGGACUAAGUACACAGCCUGCUAACAGUACUCCACAAACUCCUGUUGCUUCUGCAACAUCAGGAUUGGUUGGUGACCGAAGGAUAUCUUUGGGUGUGGGAGCAGGUUGUGCAGGCCUUGCUGCACAAUUGGAACAAGGGUAUCGUCAAGCAAGAGAGACUGUCCGCUCUAAUAAUGGUAUAAAGGUUCUUCUGCAUCUCCUCCAACCACGGAUAUAUUCACCUCCUGCUGCUCUGGACUGUCUUCGUGCUCUAGCAUGUCGAGUUCUACUUGGAUUAGCCAGAGAUGAUACAAUUGCACACAUAUUGACAAAGCUUCAGGUUGGUAAAAAGCUAUCAGAGCUGAUUCGGGAUUCAGGUAGCCAAACACUUGGAACAGAGCAGGGUAGGUGGCAAGCUGAACUUUCUCAAGCUGCCAUUGAGCUUAUUGGGAUUGUGACUAAUUCAGGGCGUGCAAGUACAUUAGCUGCUACUGAUGCAGCUACUCCUACUUUAAGGCGCAUUGAAAGAGCAGCUAUUGCUGCUGCCACUCCUAUUACUUACCAUUCAAGGGAACUUUUGCUUCUAAUUCAUGAACACCUACAAGCAUCUGGAUUGACAUAUGCUGCUUCUGCGUUGCUUAAAGAUGCUCAGUUGACUCCUUUGCCAUCAUUGGUUCCUCCCUCUUCUCUUGCACAACAGCCCACAACACAGGAAGCUUCUUCAACACAAAUUCAGUGGCCCUCUGGCCGUACUCCUUCUGGAUUUCUCUCUAACAAAUUAAAGCUUAUUGCGAAGGAUGAGGAUGCCUGCUUGAAAAGUGAUCCUGUCUCCGCAAAAAAAAAAUCAUUGACUUUCUCAUCAUCUUUUCAUUCAAGACUCCAACUUCUUGACUCUCAGAACUCAUCAGUGAGGAAAUUGUCAAAUACUGCUAAAGAUGCUUCAGAAAGUAGUGUGGCAGAGACUGGAUCUGAAUCUUCGGUGAAGCAUAACAUUGAAACUGGAGUUCAGUUUAAAACUCCAAUAACCUUGCCAGCAAAACGGAAGUUAUCUGAGUUGAAGGACAUAUCAAUGUUUUCUUCAUCUGGAAAACGAUUAAAUGUUGGGGAUCAAGGACUUCGCUCUCCUAUUUGUUCAAGUGCAAUUCGUAAAAGCUGCCUGCAGCCUGAUGCAGUUGGGCUUUUCACUCCAACUUGUAACCUGAAAAAUCAACAUAGCCGUUGUAUGGGUGAUUUGGUGGAUGAGAAUCAGUGCAGUGUAUCAAAUCUAGGUCAAAUGACUCCAUCCUCCCAAGUAUUAAAUGACUUUCAGCCCAGCAACCCUGAACGUGUAACAUUAGAUUCUCUAGUGGUUCAGUAUUUGAAGCAUCAGCACCGCCAAUGCCCAGCUCCUAUUACAACACUUCCUCCACUGUCACUUCUGCACCCGCAUGUCUGUCCUGAACCAAAGCGGAGCCUUGAUGCCCCUUCUAAUGUGACAGCUAGGCUUGGUACACGUGAAUUUAAAUAUAUGUAUGGGGGAGUGCAUGGGAAUCGCAGGGAUCGGCAAUUUGUUUACAGUCGGUUUAGACCGUGGCGCACUUGUCGGGAUGAUGCUGGUGCCUUGUUAACAUGCAUUACAUUUGUUGGGGACUCCUCCCAUAUUGCUGUUGGAAGCCAUAAUGGGGAGCUCAAAUUUUUUGACUCCAACAACAGCAAUGUAGUGGAGAGCUUCACAGGUCAUCAGGCUCCUCUGACUCUUGUUCAGUCUUUUGUUGCUGGUGAGACCCAGCUAUUACUUUCUUCAAGCUCCCAAGAUGUUAGACUGUGGGAUGCAACUUCAAUUUUAGGUGGUCCUAGCCAUUCAUUUGAAGGAUGCAGGGCAGCCAGGUUUAGCAAUUCUGGGAAUGUUUUUGCAGCCCUGUCAUCUGAAUCUUCACGGCGGGAGAUCCUCUUGUAUGAUAUCCAAACAUGUCAGUUAGAGUCCAAGUUGUCAGAUACUUUUACAACUUCUACUGGGCGAGGUCAUGUUUAUUCUUUAAUCCAUUUUAACCCUUCUGACUCAAUGCUGCUUUGGAAUGGUGUCUUGUGGGAUCGACGUGUCUCUGGGCCUGUUCAUCGCUUUGAUCAGUUUACAGAUUAUGGUGGUGGAGGCUUUCAUCCUGCUGGCAACGAGGUUAUUAUAAACUCUGAAGUCUGGGAUCUGCGGAAGUUCAGAUUGCUACGCAGUGUGCCUUCAUUGGAUCAAACUUCAAUUACAUUCAAUGCGCGUGGUGAUGUAAUGUAUGCUAUCUUAAGGAGAAAUCUUGAGGAUGUAAUGUCAGCAGUCCACACUCGACGUGUCAAGCAUCCUCUUUUUUCAGCUUUCCGCACAGUGGAUGCAAUAAAUUAUUCUGACAUUGCGACUAUCCCUGUGGAUCGCUGUGUUCUUGAUUUUGCAACUGAGCCUACAGAUUCAUUUGUUGGGCUGAUUACUAUGGAUGAUCAGGAUGAGAUGUAUGCUUCUGCCAGAAUCUAUGAAAUUGGUCGUCGGAGACCAACUGAUGAUGACUCCGAUCCUGAUGAUGCUGAAAGUGAGGAGGAAGAUGAGGAUGACGAUGAUGACGACGGUGAUGUUGAUCCUCUUUUAGGUCCUGGGCUUGGUGGGGAUAGUGGCAGUGAUGCUGAUGACAUGAGCAAUGACGACGAGGACGAUGAUAGCGUGAGUGAUCUUGAUGAAGAUGAAGAUGGAGAUUUUAUUUUAGAUGAUGUUGACUUUGAUGGAGGACCUGGUAUAUUGGAGAUUGUGACAGAAGGUGACGAGGACGAUGAUGAUAGUCAGGUACUUGAAUCCUUAAGUAGUGAUGAUGAGGAUUUUGUGGGUAAUGGCUUUGGUUAUUAG